GAUAAGAAAUUGAUAGGAAAUUAAUUAUGAUUAAAGAUCGCCGCGCAUUCAUUGGCAUGUAUAAUUCAAAUUAUAUGAUUUAUAAAAUUCAUAUAAAAUUUGUGAUUAUUUUCAUAUUUUUGUUAUAAUUCUGUUAGACUCUUAUAUAAGUAUGAUUACUUAUUACUUCUUAUGAAUAUAAGCAUAAUUACUUGUUAUUUCUUAAAAAUUUUAAGCCAGACAAAACAAUUUUGUCAGUACACUUUUUAAUCAAAGGUAACGCGUUAUUUAUAACGCCGUUAUCGUUACAAUUACUUUCUUCAGUAUCAAAUUGGUAACGACUUUAUAUUUUUUUAUUAGUAAUAGUAACGGUAACGCAGUUACAUUUUUACAGAGUUAGGGUUAAUAUAAGAUAUGUACUCGUCAAUGUACAAGCGAAAUAUGUAUUUAUAUCGUUAUAUUUAUUGUCGAAGAUAGAGGAUGUUGAUUCGAAAUGAACAUCCGUCCACUUAAUUAUCGUAUAUACAAUCGUAUAUUUAAUAUUAACGCAAUUAAUGUUUUUUAGUAAAUCGAUAACACAAAGCUGUUGUACUUUGAACUACUUCUCAAUGUUUGUUUAUUGUGUAAGUUUAUCAUUGUUAUCAUCCUGUCAUUUUUUUCCUUUUUCUUUUAUAUUGCGGACGAUUUGUGGAAAAUAUUCUGCAAUGUCGGAUUUUCGGAAAUGUACAUAUGACUUUUCUGUAAGUACUUUUGCAAAUAAAACGUAGAACCUACACGAAAAAAAUAUCUCUGAUGAUUUUGCACUGCAGAGAUUUGAAGUUGGAUGAAUCUUUUUUGCACUGUAGAGAUUUGAAGUUGGAUGAACAUUAAAACUCAAACGAUUUGUCGAUGAAAAUCAAGCAGAUAGCCAUCGAUUUAAAAAAGAAACUAAACGACCAUUCGAAUUUGCCUCGAAAUUAUUAUUGAGCCAAUCAAAAACACAGCCAAUAGCUAUGUGAUGACUCACUCUUACGUUGCUUUCGCAAGAACCUGCUGAAUCGUCGGCUACUGCGUAGUCGAGGUCCAAGUUCACCAAAGUAGCGAAUGAAAAUUUAUGUUAAACCGCUUAGAAAACGUCAGAAAAUCUUGAUCGCUCGUUGCAGACACGCCUUCAGGCGCGGCUGAUAACAGGAUAUUUUUUUAUAAGCUCGAAAUCGCAGUGUUGUUCUGUCGUUAUCAUCAGUCGUUGCUCAACAUGGCGAGCCAUUUGCUGGUGAGAGUUAGCCGUUUGUGUCGCGUUAAUUCCACAAGGCAGAUCUCUGCCUCUACAUCGCUUCGAGGGAGACCUGCCUUCAAUUGGGAGGAUCCAUUCGAUCUCCAGUCGCAAUUGACGCAGGAUGAAGUCCUGAUGAGGGAUCAGUUCCGUUCCUACUGUCAGGAACAGCUCCUGCCGGGCGUGAUCGAGGCAAAUCGCAAGGAGCACUUCGAUCGGGAGAUCAUAAAGCAGAUGGGUCAGCUCGGGGUGCUGGGCUGCACCAUGAAGGGUUACGGCGCUGCCGGGGUGUCUUCGGUGGCUUACGGGCUUCUCGCCAAAGAGAUUGAGAGCGUUGACAGUGGAUAUCGAUCCGCAUUCUCGGUGCAGUCCUCCCUCUCGGCUGGUGCGAUUUACAUGUUCGGCAGCGAUGCCCAGAAAGAUCGAUUUUUACCUAAAAUGGUUUCCGGAGAAAAGAUCGGCUGCUUCGGCUUAACGGAGCCCAAUCACGGUAGCGAUGCAGGAUCGAUGGAAACUAGGGCGACUUAUGACUCCAAUAGAAAAGUCUACAAAUUGAACGGCAGUAAAACAUGGAUCUCGAACUCGCCCAUCGCCGACGUAUUGAUUGUGUGGGCGAAAUGUGACGACGGUAAUGUUCGCGGGUUCAUCAUUGAGAGAAAAGCUGCGGGAGAUAGUUUAUCCACUCCAAAGAUCGAGGGGAAGUUUUCUCUGAGAACGUCCAUCACCGGUAUGAUCCUGAUGGACAAUGUAAUUGUGCCUGAGGAAAAUUUGUUGAAUGUUGUGGGACUCAAGGGACCGUUCAGUUGCUUGAGCAACGCGCGAUACGGCAUCGCCUGGGGUGCGUUAGGCGCUGCGGAGGCCUGCCUGAAGAUCGCCCGAGGUUACACCCUGGAGAGACAACAGUUCAAGAGACCGUUAGCGGCGAAUCAACUCGUGCAGAAAAAAUUGGCGGACAUGAUGUGCGACAUCGCGCUAGGUCUCCAAGCCUGCUUGCGAGUCGGUAGAUUGAAGGACGAGAACAAAGCCGCGCCGGAAAUGAUUUCCAUCAUAAAGAGAAACUCGGCCGUGAAGGCGCUGGAGAUUGCGCGAACCGCGCGAGAUAUGCUGGGCGGAAAUGGGAUUUCGGACGAGUACCACGUGAUCAGGCACAUGAUGAAUCUGGAAACGGUGAACACCUACGAAGGUACAAACGAUAUUCACGCACUGAUCCUCGGGAGGGCAGUCACCGGUAUCCCUGCGUUUUCGGGAUAAGCGAUGUCUUCUCUCAGAUGUCCGAAACGAAAGACUGUCUUUGCCAAGAUGCGCGUACCACGUGCCAUCCAAUUUUUAUUUAAGCCUUUGACGUGCUCACGUAUCAUAUUCGGUCAAUUCUUUCGAUCACUAAUUACUUUUAUAAUGAAAUUAUUUUUUUGUAUAUUUUGAUAUACAAAUGUAUUCCGAAAUGUAUUAAACAGUUAAAACUAUUUUUUUACGAAAGGUUGAGGACCUAAUAAAUUGUAUUGCACUUUUGAAGAA